CUCCAUUGGCUCCCUGCUGCGGUGCUGCCUAUAUAUACCCCACCCCACCCUGGGGGGGUCCGGGACAGCAGGAUGGUGCCUGUCAGGGUGCUGGGGCUUCUGCUGUGUGUGAAGCUCUGGGGGGGCACCGAGGACCUGCGGUUGGUGGACGGAGGUGGGCGCUGCGCUGGCCGGGUGGAGGUGAAGCACAGGGACGAGUGGGGCUCAGUCUGCAAUUACAACUUUGACUGGGAUGCCCGUUGGGCCGCCGUGGUGUGCCAGCAGCUGGGCUGCGGCGCGGUGGCCCAUGCAUCCGUCUAUGCCCCGUUUGGGCAAGGCACCGGCCGAAUCUGGCUGCAGCCCUUCUUCUGCCGGGGUGACGAGAAGACGCUGCAGGACUGUCCCCACUUUGGCUGGGGAGAGCACUUCUGCGGCCACGAGCGGGACGUGGGGGUGACCUGCAGAGAUGCGGUGGAGCUGAGGCUGGUGGGUGGUGAGGAUCCCUGCGCCGGGAGGGUGGAGGUGAAGCUGCAGGGACGCUGGGGCACGGUGGCAGACGAGAGCUGGACCAUGGAGGACGCCGAGGUGGUGUGCCGGCAGCUGGGUUGUGGCUCGGCCAUCAACUCCUAUGACGCCAGCAGCCGCUUCGGCAGGGGGGAUGGCCCCAUCAACCUGGCUAUUGUCAGCUGCCGCGGGGACGAGGCCACCCUCUGGGACUGUGAGAUCCGCGGCUGGGGACCCUACACUGGCGUUCACAACUUUGACACUGCUGUCGUCUGCCAAGGGUUUGCCCGGCUGAUCGGUGGUGACGGUGCCUGUGACGGGCGGCUGGAGGUCUGGCAGCACCGAGCCUGGGCCAGCGUCUGCGAGGACCACGUGGACAUGAAGGCUGCCCAGGUGCUGUGCCAGGAGCUGGGCUGCGGCGCGGCACUGGCCAUCCACGGCACCGGCUGGUUCGAGUCAGGAGCGGGGCUGCGGUGGGACCAGGGGUUCAAGUGCACUGGCACCGAGCCCCUCCUGUCCCGCUGCAGCCGCCAGCUGCCCCGUGGCCAGGGCUGCGCCAGCCACGCCAACAUCGUCUGCUCCCCUUACACAGGUUUUCGGCUGGUUGGCAACAGCUCGAGCUGCACCGGGCGGGUAGAGGUGGAAUUGGGGGGGACAUGGGGGUCCCUCUGCGCCACUGGCUGGGACCUGCCUGAUACCCACGUGUUGUGCCACCACCUUGGCUGUGGCCCUGCUGCCACCGUGCCCCCAGGAGGCUCCUUCGGCAGCGGGGAUGGGCCACUGCAGCGGCACGCCUUGGUCUGCAGCGGGAGCGAGCGGCACCCGGGCGAGUGCCCCACAAUGGUGCUGGGGGAGCCCGCCUGCCCCCCUGGCCAUGCCGCUGCCAUCAACUGCUCAGGCAUUCCCGAGCCCCUGCGGCUGGUGGAGGGGGAGAGCCGGUGCGAGGGGCGGCUGGAGGUUGCCACAAGACCCGGGGCCUGGGCCCGUGUGCUGGUGGGGCUGUGGGAUGACUGGGGUGCCAGCGUGGUGUGCCGGCAGCUGGGCUGCGGUGUGCCGGAGAAGGUCUACGCCAUGGCGGGCUCAGGCACAGCGGAGCUGCAGGGGCUGUGGUGUGCCGGCACCGAGGAGAACGUGGCCCAGUGCAACGUCUCGGGGACGGCCGCCACACCAACCAGCAGCCCCGAGGAGGUGGCCAUUGUCUGCUCGGGCAGCCAGCGGGUGAGGCUGGUGGGCGGCCCUGGGCGCUGUGCCGGGCGGGUGGAGGUCUACGUCAAUGGCACCUGGGCCACCGUCUGCCAGGACACCUGGGACCUCCUGGAUGCCACCGUCGCCUGCCGCCAGCUGGGCUGUGGGGUGGCACUGGCGGCACCCAGCUCGGCUCGCUUUGGUGCCAGCACAGGGCCGCUGUGGCUGGGUGCUGGUGGCUGCACCGGGAUGGAGGUGUCUCUCUGGGACUGCCCGGCCUCGGCAUGGCACGGCUGCCAGCGCGGUGGUGGGGCGGGUGCCGUCUGCUCAGAGCAGCUCUCCCUCCGGCUGGUGGGCAGCAGCAGCCGCUGCAGUGGGCACCUGGAGGUGCUGUACAAUGGCACUUGGGGCCGCGUGUGUGCCAACGGCACCAGCCCCGCCACGGCUGCCGCAGCUUGCCGGCAGCUGGGCUGUGGCGACGGGGGGAAGCUGAUGGCUGCCUCUGCCCGGGCCUCUGCCCCUGCCUGGCUGGCCUGGGUGAGCUGCAAGGAGGGGUCCCGCUCGCUCUGGCAGUGCCCCUUGGCACCCUGGCACCUGCAAGCCUGCAGCCCCGGUGGGGACACCAUCAUUGCUUGUGAUAAGGACAUUGAUGGCAGGAGCGGGACGCCCACCCUGUCUCCGGGGAGCCACUGCCCAGAUGGUGCCGAUUGCACAGAUGACCCCAGCAGCAUCACCCCGACAGCAGUGGCAAGGACUGUGCCAGUGCCAACGAUCUUGUGCAUAGUGCUGGGGACACUGCUGUGCCUGACCCUGGGUGCCCUGGCCGUGCAGACAUGCCGUGCCCGGGCUUGGUGCCAAGGCCCUGGUAGAGCUGCAGGUGCCAUGGGUGAUGCUGUCUAUGAGGAGCUGGAAUAUGCCUUGACGCCGGCGUACCAGGAGAUGCCCAGUCGCUUCGGGUCUCUGUCGGAGGGGUCGGAGACAAAGUUGCCGUAUUACACUGGGGAUGACGUGGAGGAGAGUGACCCCAAGGCAGCCUCAGACUCCCCUGCCCUGCUUGAGCAUGGUGCCCCGGAUGGCUAUGAUGAUGCCACGGCCGUGCCAGAAGAGUCUCCCGCUCCCAGCACUGGGGAUGUCUCCAAGGGGGUGGCACGGCCGAGCUGGGGCUGUGUCUCACCCACAGGUGGAAGCAGUCCCCCUCCAAGUCCCCCAGAAGCCACCACAGACCCCCUGGCACAGCCCCCGAGGGACAUGGACUAUGACGAUGCUGAUGUCAGCACCCUGGCGACAUCACUGUGAGGACACCCGGGCUGCACCGCGGGGUCCCCUGGGAAAACGUCUGCAGGGUGGGGGGGUUCUGUCCCCAAGAAAGGGUGGCCCUGGCCACAGAAGUCACCUCUCCCUGCCCAGAACUGCAGUGCAGCAGCAGAACAGCUCCUGUGUCUCUCCCACGAGCAGUGCUGCAGGGAUUAUUUUUUAUUAUUAUUAUUUCACUGGGAAUUUAUCUUUUUUUUUCUAUUAAACCCCCCAAAAUUUUCUAUUGAAACUCAAAA